UGUCGCUGUUACCCGAUCCUAUAUAUGUAUCUGAUGCAGCAGAGCCCCGUUCUUCAUGGAGAUCUUCAAACAUCCUCCUCCAGCGCGAAUAAACGGCUCUGGACUGAAAUAAACAGACAGUCUUUGAGAUUCUUAGUGGUGAUAAGAUUCAGCACAGACAACUCCUUCUCCAAACAAGUUAAAGAUGCCCUACCCCCCAUCACAGUGACUCCAAGAAAAGUCUACAACAUUCCCAUUCAAUUCCUCAAGAUGAACACUUCAGAGACCACCCCUCUUUCCCUCUGGGCCAUCCAUGUCAACUCCAGUCCUGUUUCGUACAUCCUCAAUGUUACCGAGACCUCAUCCCAUGCCAAGCCAAAAGCAUGCGAGCAGCUCAACAUCGCCACUGAGGUGUUCCUCAUCCUUGGCAUUGUCAGUCUACUGGAAAACAUCCUGGUCAUCUGCGCCAUAGUGAAAAACAAAAACCUACACUCGCCCAUGUAUUUCUUCGUCUGCAGCCUGGCCGUAGCCGACAUGCUGGUGAGUGUCUCCAACGCCUGGGAGACCAUAGUCAUCUACUUGCUCACUAACCGCCAGUUGGUGGUGGAGGACCAUUUCAUCAGACAGAUGGACAACGUUUUUGACUCUAUGAUCUGCAUCUCUGUGGUAGCGUCCAUGUGUAGUCUUCUAGCUAUUGCUGUUGAUCGCUACGUCACGAUUUUCUAUGCUCUACGAUACCACAACAUCAUGACGGUUCGCCGGGCCGCGCUCAUCAUUGGGGGGAUUUGGACCUUCUGCACCGGCUGUGGAAUAGUCUUCAUAAUCUAUUCUGACAACACGUCCGUCAUCGUGUGCUUGGUCUCCAUGUUCUUCAUCAUGCUAGCACUCAUGGCCUCUCUUUACAGCCACAUGUUCAUGCUGGCGCGUUCUCAUGUCAAACGCAUUGCCGCCCUGCCGGGCUACAACUCCAUCCACCAGAGAGCCAGCAUGAAGGCGGCCGUCACACUGACCAUUCUUCUCGGGAUCUUCAUCGUCUGCUGGGCUCCAUUCUUUCUCCACCUCAUCCUUAUGAUCUCCUGCCCCAGAAACCUCUACUGCAUGUGCUUCAUGUCUCAUUUCAACAUGUACCUCAUCCUUAUCAUGUGCAACUCUGUCAUCGACCCACUUAUUUACGCUUUCAGGAGUCAGGAAAUGCGGAAAACGCUUAAGGAAAUCAUCUGCUGCUAUAGUCUGAGGAACAUUUUUGGAAUGUCAAGGUAGCGUCAAACCUAAAAAAAGAUAGGUGGAUUGUCAUUUCACAAGAAGAAAUCUUUCGAUUCAUAAAGUCUGAGAGCAGAAUGUGCCAACCCCUGUUGAUCUAGAUGAAAAAUAAGAUUUUGUUAUGAUGUAUACCAUCUACUUACUCCUCAUCCUCUAUAAUGCAAACACUCAGAAAUUGAAACUUGAAAAAAGCUGGAGUAUUAAUAAUUAACUCUUCAGGGCACAAUGAUGCAAAAUAGAAUAUCUAAUGAGACCAUUUUUGAUAUUAUAAAUAUAUGUAGAUGUUGUAAUAUUGUUGGAGAAUUAAGGAGGCCUUAGUUCUAUGGAACAAUAUAAUCCUCGUUGAACAAUGUGAUUUUAUAACACAGUCUCUAGGGACACGGAGGAGCUCUUGAUCAAAGCCUAUGGGAAAAAAAGUGCAAUCAUUUGUCAAAUUAACAAUGCAAAACAAAGCCUGUCUAGACAUUAAUGUUGUAUAGGUAAAAAUUAAAAUGUAAUAUAGCAUGCAGUUUACAUUGUUGCAUGUGCUCUGUGGUUGGCAGUGAAGGUGAGAAAGAACGAGCAACACUAUUGAUUUCUAAGAUGAAAUUCAAUGACAAAACUGCUGCAGCAGACUACAAUUUUUAAAAACAUGGCACAACUAUACACACAUUAAUACAUAACAUAAAGUAUAUAAAAUAAAAGAAUGGAACCAGACUGACUGUGACAAAAAUAGAUUCACAGUCCUUGAAACCUUAAGUGGAUAUUUUAUGAACAACAUGACAAAGAGGAUGACAACAUUUCUGGUAUCAUGUCACUAACACAUUUUUUGUUAGUCUUUAAAGGCAUCAGGAGUUUUCUAAUAUAGUUGUAAUUGAAUAGAAAUUCUUCACAUAUGCCUCUAUC